GGAGCGGGCAUGAGGCGUACCCAUGGGCGUACCUACUUCACGUCCGCUCCAACGCAUGCGCGACUUAGUCAGGGUUGGUUUCAGUGCAGGGUUAGAGGGAACUGCUGCUGUCACUUCAGAAGCCAGGUUGUCCAACCAGCAUCAUGGGAAAGAAGAGUCGAGUGAAGACUCAGAAGUCAGGCUCAGGAGGCACGGCUGUGGUUUCCCCCAAGGAGAUGAUGAACCUGAUCUCUGAACUGUUGCAGAAAUGCAGCAGUGCAGCACCCUCUUCUGGUAAAGAGUGGGAAGAGUACAUCCAAAUCAGAGGUUUGGUGGAAAGAAUCCGCAAAAAGCAGAAGGGCAUGUCCAUCAUGUUUGAGGGCAACAGGGAGGACCACUUCCCUGACCUGAUGUCUUGGGCUAAAGAGAAUGGGGCGUCCUGUGAUUGCUUCACUGUGGCCAACUUCGGAACAGAAGGCUACGGCCUGCGAGCCACCAGAGACAUCAAGGCAGAGGAACUGUUCCUGUGGAUUCCCAGGAAGAUGCUGAUGACAGUGGAAUCAGCUCAGAACUCUGUGCUGGGUCCUCUGUAUAGCCAGGACCGGAUCCUGCAGGCUAUGGGCAAUGUGACGCUGGCCCUCCACCUGCUGUGUGAGCGAGCCAACCCCGCCUCAUUCUGGCUGCCGUACAUCCGCAGUCUUCCUCAAGAAUACGACAUACCUUUGUACUACCAGCAAGAGGACGUGCAGCUGCUGCUGGGCACGCAGGCAGUGCAAGAUGUCCUAAGCCAGUAUAAAAACACUGCACGCCAGUAUGCUUACUUCUACAAACUGGUACAGACUCAUCCCACUGCCAGUAAGCUGCCCUUGAAGGACGGCUUCACAUUUGAUGACUACAGGUGGGCAGUGUCCUCCGUGAUGACCCGUCAGAAUCAAAUCCCAACUGAGGACGGCAGCCGGGUCACUCUGGCCCUCAUCCCGCUCUGGGAUAUGUGCAACCAUACAAAUGGACUGAUCACCACCGGAUACAACCUAGAGGACGAUCGCUGUGAGUGUGUGGCACUGCAGGACUACAAGAAGAAUGAACAGAUCUACAUCUUUUAUGGCACAAGAUCCAAUGCCGAGUUCGUAAUCCACAACGGCUUCUUCUUCCAAGACAACUCUCACGACCGGGUGAAGAUCAAGCUUGGUGUCAGCAAGAGCGAACGCCUCUACGCCAUGAAGGCCGAAGUUCUGGCGAGAGCUGGCAUCCCAGCAUCCUAUGUUUUUGCUCUGCACUGUAAUGAACCCCCAAUUUCAGCCCAGCUCCUCGCCUUCCUAAGAGUCUUCUGCAUGACAGAGGAUGAACUGAAAGACUACCUGCUCGGAGAUCGUGCCAUCAAUAAGAUUUUCACCCUAGGCAACAGUGAGUUCCCUGUCAGCUGGGAGAAUGAGAUCAAGUUGUGGACAUUCCUUGAGACUCGGGCUGCUCUUCUGCUCAAGACCUACAAGACCACUUCAGAGGAGGACUGCUCCAUUCUGGAGAAACCUGAUCUAGCUCUUCACUCUCGCAUGGCUAUCCAGCUCCGCCUGGCUGAGAAGCAGAUCCUGGAGAAGGCAUUGGCUUGUGGCCGGGCCAAACGUCAGCAUUUCCAGAAGAAGCUGGAGGAGGGGGCUUUGUUGCCCCGUUAUGAGGAAAGUGAUAUAGCUUUGCUGGAGAAUACAGAAGCAGAUGCAAAGCUUCCAGUAAUCCUGCGCGAGGUUGAGGAAGGCCAGGAGAUCCAGGUGGAGGAGGACAGUCCACUCCUGAAUGGGGUGAAGGUGGUCUAUGGGACUAAUGUAGAGCAAGUGCGGGACGAGACUCAGGUCAGCACAGAUGUUGACUCUGCUUUGGCCUCGAUUGGAAGUUCAAACCAAAAGGGCCAAAGGGAACAGGCUAACCCAAGUGCCAGUCGAACUGAAGAUAAACCCAAAGAGAACACCGAUUAAAUAAUUCCACUUACUGCCACAGUCCAUGCUAUUUAUUUAUUUUUGUGUCUCUUCAAUGACUCAGAAAAAUAGAAGCUGAAAAGAAAUUGAAUUAAAAGUCAUAGAACGUCUGUGUUCAUCCAGCGUGGGUUUUCUUAGUUGUUGGCUGCUGAACUGCCUUCUAGGCUUCUAUGCAGAUGAUGUUCUGGUUAAAUUGGCUGAAACAUAAGUGUACACUGAAAGUUCGAGGACUAGUGCAUGGGAGGAAAGCAAAGUGAGGCACCGUAGAACAGGUUUUUGUACGAGUCGGAAAAAAGAGAAGCAGUGAAUUAAGUGAAUGUUUCAACAAAGCCAAAAUCUCUCAUAUUGUGAAUAGGUUGGUUUGUGUGUGCAGUUUUUUUUUUUUCUUAAAUGUCUCCAGUAUGUUUUGAGUUGACAAUCAUAUUUGUGUGGUGUGCACUUAAGUCUAGAUCGCCACUGCCAUAUCGGUCUGUUUAAUAGAAGAACAGAGAAUGCUCUGUUAGUUGUUGAGACUAAUGCAUGUUCUCAGUCGUUGCUAACUGUCAUGAUUCAAAAUGGCAGCCCAAUCUGGAAGAUCCUGUUUUCUUAGUGGAAAUAAAUUAAUUAGCAUUUUCUGAAACUAAUGAUGAAUCUGUAGUGUAAGCUGCAUUGAUUAACCUGAGGAAGCCAUAUAGCACUGAGGACUCAGUGAGACAGAGGAACGUGUUUGAAAGCUUUUUGUUCAACCGCCUUAAAAUGUGGUCAACCCAAUCAGUGACACUUGACACGUGAAUGCAAAGAAGCACUAUCUGUAGGUUCUGUAGGUUAGCGUCAGUUGAAGGAGUGGCCCCAAUAACUGUGCUCUGAUAAUGACAAAAAUUUGACAGUCCUUGCAGUGCAACACGUUACCUGCUCUAGACUGUGGAAGUCAGGACUCGCCAUAUAUCACAUUGGACUGGUGAUUUCAAGCCAGUUACUGACCUGAGUGUGUUAGUAAAGUAGAUUUUACAUGGAUGUAUAGUGAGGUCUCAGAACAUGUUUAAAUGACUGCAUUAGGGAUGGCUGUGGCUCAAGAGGUAGAGCAGGUCAUCUGCUAUUGGAAGGUUGGUGGUUCGAUCCCUGGCUGUUCUAGUCCGCAUGCCAAUUUAUCCUUGGGCAAGAUACAGAACUCUGAGUUGCUCCCGAUGCGUUCAUUGUAGUUUGUGUGUGAAUGUUAGAAAGCGCUUAGAUGUAGAAAGUGCUUGUAUGAAUGUAUGUGUAAAGUACUUUGACUGUUCAUGUAGAGUAGAAAGGCAGUAGACAAGAACCAGCCCAUUUUGGAUAAACUGCACCAAAGAUGUUGGAGGUCACCCAGGGACUUCUUUGCAUGAAACUCUGGUAAAUGUAUCUUAUUUGCAACAUCGGUACAUUUCUUGGUACCAAUUAAAAUUUAAAGUACAGUUUUCUCAGUCAUUUCUUUGAAAGUGGAAAGAGAUAAAAUACUGUUACAGUUUAGUGCUGUUACAGCUGGAGACUAACCAACUAUAACAGUUGUCAUAUAAAUAAAACAAAAAAGCUACAUUAACUGGAACAGUUAAAUUGUGUGGAUUAAAGGACAUCCACACUUUCUUAAAUACAUAAAUACUAUAUAUAUAUACUGUUUUGGCACAAUAAUCAGCUGCCUCUAUCCAGUGCUGUGUACCCUCAGGUUCUGCUGUCAAAGUCAACAGAGCUGGAAAGAGUGUUGGGACACAGCAGAAAGACAUUAAGGACUGCUGCAGCAACCAGAUCAGCCUGACGUUAGGGAGACCGGAGGUUGGCUGGUUAGCAGCAACGUUCAAAAAGCAUUCUCUCAGAAAGAUGGAAAAAAUAAUCUGUAAAAACAGGCUUUCAUAUACCUGGGCAGCCCACCCAAGUAACACUGAGUUUCACAGUUAAAACAAUAACAUUAAAAAAUAGAAAGGGACCAAAUGGUGUGUCCCACCUUUUUGUGUGUGUGUGUGUGUGGGGGGGUCAUGUUCUUCAGUCUUCUUGGGAAGCUUUAUAAUAGAAAAUCUAAAAUUCCAGCCCUGUUUUCGUGUGUGUUUAAGCCAUUAAAGAUGUAUGCUGUACAAUCCUUCCACCCUGGAAAAAACUAUUCAAAGAAAUCCCAAAAAAUCCCAAAUUACCACGAUAUUAAUGCCCAUGAAUGUGUAUAAACUUCUAACCACAACUGUGUCUGAAAGUUCAUCCUCUGAAACAUCAUUUUAGCUCCUGUUCUUAAAGACUCAUCAUAUACUGCUGUGUGCAUAGUCUGCUGUGCAGGUUGUUGUGAGUCUGUGAGAACUGUCACGCUACUUUGUUAUGUAAGAAUAAAAAAUAGGAGCUGAAAAUGAGCAUAAGUCCCCUUUAAAAAUGUUUCUUUUCAAAUAUUCAACCAGGAAAGUAACACAAACACUAACAAUUUUUACAGUCUGAAUGGGGAAGUAAUUAUCAGUCCAUACAGAGACUGAGACAGGGGACUUCAUUAACCAAGGGGUGACAUCAUGGUUAAUGGUCUGUUUCUUUAUUUUAUAUUAAAGCUAUGGUUGUGUGUAUAUACCAGGGCUGACAGUAAAACUGUUUUCUCAAACUACUUGUGUGGCACAGAAUUGUCAGAAAAUGAAUAUCAGUUCCCCACAGCUGAGUGGCUACAAGUUAUUCUUUUAUUGUGAUAAAACAAAAAGAAAAUGCAUGUCUUAAGCAGAAUAUUUAUUGUUAAUGUCACUGACAAUGUGCAGUCAUUUUGUGGGGUAAGUGAAUAGCUAAUCAUCUUGGCUCAGCAGAAAUCUGUAUAUAAAAGAUGGACAUAGCCAACAUGCUGUCACCCACUGGUUCGUGAAUUCUGGAUUUUAGUCUUUAGCUUUAUGGCUGCUGUCGUCAUUUCCUAGAGCCUGAAGUGAAAGUAUUUGGAUGAAAGGGUAGGAUGCUGAGUUCUCAAGUCGCCGUCAGAGGACCUGCAGUUUUUGAGCUUGACUGAACUUGUUAGCUAAGAUGUAAGAUUGAUUAGCAGAUGACUGAUGGAUUUCAUUUUUUUUUUUUUUUUUUUAAAUCAGAUGUAACCUUAAUAUUUACAGUUAUAAAUAUGUACUGUGACUGUCAGUGAACCGCUGGCUUCAGCUUCACCAUUUUUUGCAAAAACAUUUGAAUUGGGGUCACUCCUCAUUAACACGCAGAGUUGUGCAAACUUAGCAUGUUGUUAGCUAAUGGAAGCUUGCUGGUAGUAUGAAGGCAAGGCAGUGAGUAAUGCCUACUGUCAUUAAUCUGAGUCAGUUGGCCCAGUGCCCAGUACUGCUGAGCACUUUGUACCCCGUGUGUGUGUGUGUGUGUGUGUGUGUGUGUGUGUGUGUGUGUACACAAAAAUACAAAUCUGUAUUUUUAUGAAAUUGUAUACAUUUACCAACCUUAGAAGACAUUUGCUGCUUUUUUUAAGGACUUACGUGGCGUGUGCUUGUGUGUGACGAUGAGGGAGAGCGAGGGCUCCUAGCUUUAACCAUAGACUCAACAAGUCCUGUCCUGCAUGGAUAUGUUUUCCCACUGACCCACACUCCUCCUCAUCUCACUAUGCAGAGAGGGAAACUUGUCCUGAUGCUGUCAUCAUCAUCAUCCAAA